GCCCCGGACCGACGGGAAUGGGCGCCUGCCGCGCCGCGGCCUGGAGGAGGGGAAGCCUGCCUCGCCUUCCCGUCCCUUCCCGUCCCUUCCCGGGCGGGUUUCCCCUCUCCCUGCCGACUGCACAGGUGGCAUUCUGAGCAACAGGGAAGCCCUGGAGCGGGCGGUUGGCGACAGACUGGAUGGACAGAACCAGGUCCCGGAAAGGGCCGGGGCAGAGCGCCCGCCCGCUUUUGAUUAAGCUUUUGAGGAUUUCGUGUGCCUUUUACCUGUGAAAGUAUCCCGUUAUGCCUACAGACUAACAGCCUUCUGUUUUGCCAGGCAGAUCCGCGUCUGACCCAAUUCCUCCGGGUCACGAAGCAGUACCUGCCACACGUGGCGCGCCUGUGCCUGAUCAGCACGUUCCUGGAGGACGGCGUCCGCAUGUGGUUCCAGUGGGGCGAGCAGCGCGACUACAUCGACACCACGUGGGGCUGUGGCUACGCGCUGGCCUCCGCUUUCGUGUUGCUCAACCUGCUCGGACAGCUGACUGGCUGCAUCCUGGUGUUGAGCAGGAACUUCGUGCAGUAUGCCUGCUUUGGGCUCUUUGGAAUCAUAGCACUGCAGACCAUUGCUUACAGCAUCCUAUGGGACUUGAAGUUUUUGAUGAGGAAUCUGGCCCUGGGAGGAGGCUUGCUGUUGCUCCUGGCGGAGUCCCGUUCUGAGGGGAAGAGCAUGUUCGCAGGGGUCCCCACCAUGCGCGAGAGCUCUCCCAAGCAGUACAUGCAGCUGGGAGGCCGGGUUCUGCUGGUCUUGAUGUUCAUGACCCUCCUCCACUUUGAUGCCAGCUUCUUCUCGAUUCUUCAGAACAUCGUGGGCACAGCUCUGAUGAUUUUAGUGGCCAUUGGUUUUAAAACCAAGUUGGCUGCUUUGACUCUUGUCGUCUGGCUGUUUGCCAUCAACGUGUAUUUCAACGCCUUCUGGACCAUUCCUGUCUAUAAGCCUAUGCACGACUUCCUGAAGUAUGACUUCUUCCAGACCAUGUCGGUGAUUGGAGGCUUGCUCCUGGUGGUGGCCCUGGGCCCCGGGGGCGUCUCCAUGGACGAAAAGAAGAAAGAGUGGUAACACACCCCUUCCCUGCCUGGCUGAGACCCGUGGCCAUCGAGGACUGGUUCGGGGUGGAUUCGACAAAACUGCCAGCAUUUAUGUAUCCUCUUCCCUUCUCUCCCUUGGUAAAGGCACAGAUGUUUUGAGAAUUUA